AGGUAUUCUUCAGACCGUAACAUUACGGUGAGAUUUGGUGACCUCCAACUCUUCAUUGGCCAAAGUAAAGCUUCAUUGCCCUUUUUAUUCGUAUCGAAAAGAAUAGGGGCGUGACUUGGAGACAGGUGGAGCACUCAGUAGCGAAGAAGUCUCGACCGCGGCAGCCUGACCAACAAGAUGAGAUUUCUGCAAGCAAAGCUGGAGUGGGUUCGGAUCGCCUUCUUCUACGCACUGAUCAACAACAGCUUGCACUGCACAUUUAAAAGUGUGACAAGCAAUUUCACAGCAUCUCUGAAGGCCACAUUCAAGGGCAUUACUGAGAUAGAAUGCAUGAGUAAGUGCUCCGCGGAUAUGGAAUGCACCUUCCUGGACUACAAUCAGGAAACAUGCAGAACUUUCAAACAUGGUAAUGAAGUGCAGGAGCUAAACUCUGUCAACAAAGCUUUCGCAUAUUCCUUUGAUGAGAAUGAAUCAUCUUGUCCAACUAAAGUUGUAUCAAAACCUAAACCCACGAUUAAGACAAAGGUAUGCAACGACUAUGUCGUAACUUCGAAAAAUGAGAAAAUAAUCUUGGCGAAGACGGAUCUGACUGAAGCACCGGAUAAGAUACGCAAAUACGACAUACCACAGUUCUUAACCAGUGAGUCAAUCGGCUGCAAGGUAGCACACUUGAAAAGAUAUUUGACAGGCUCAGUUUGCGCUGAUUACCAUGAGAAAGCACCGUAUGCAGUUGCAGAAUACAAAUGCAAGGAAGAAGCCAGAUACGUUACUGUGAUUGACGACAAAGGUGGAAAAAACCUCGAGUUUUCUGACUUCGGUGAUCUAGAGCGUGUUGAAAGCACCCCCAUUUUCUAUGUAGAUGCUUGGUGGUCUUCGCUGUGA